AUGUGUUCUUUAACACCGUCUGCAUAUUUCGCAUGUUAUACUGUUGAAAAAACUAUUCAAGAAUUAGAUAGUGACUUAGAAAAUGGACUUAAUCCAAGUCAGGCGGUUGAGAAGAGGAAGACAAGUGGUUAUAAUGAAUUCGAAGUUGAGGAAGGCGACCAUCCAGUCAUUAAAUUCUUUAAACAAUUUCUGGAGAAUCCACUCAUCCUUUUACUUCUUUGUUCUGCCGUUGUUUCACUAAUAAUGGGAAAUCGAAAAGAUGCAUUUUCGGUCUUUCUGGAAUAUCGAUCAGAAAAAUCUCUUGAGGCACUAAAUAAAUUAGUACCUCAUCACUGUCAUUUAACCCGAGAUGGUCAUUUAGCAACUGUUUCAGCUGCUGAAUUGGUACCAGGAGACUUGGUCCGUUUUGGUGUUGGUGACAGAGUUCCUGCUGAUGUUAGAUUAAUAACGGCGGUAAAUCUGGAAAUUGAUGAAUCUAAUUUGACUGGUGAGACUAAACCUAGAAAGAAGACUAUUGAUGUAAUUAUUUCAGAAAGUAGUUAUGUAGAAUCAAUUCAAGAAAGAAAAAAUAUUGCAUUUAUGGGGACUCUUGUUAGGAAUGGUCAUGGAUCUGGUGUUGUUGUUGGAACUGGAAAUAACACUGAGUAUGGUGUUGUAUUUUCUCUAGUAAAAGAGGCGGAAACACCAAAAACUCCAUUUCAAAUUAGCAUGAAUGAUCUUGGAAAAAAAUUAUCCUAUUUGUCUGGUGCCAUUAUUGCAGUUAUAGUUACUAUUGGACUUAUACAAGGGAGACAAUGGCUGGAGAUUUUGGCUGUUGCAGCUAUUCCUGAAGGACUUCCAAUUGUUGUAGCUGUAACUUUAGGUUUGGGUGUUUUACGAAUGGCUAGAAAAAAUGCAAUUAUAAAAAAGCUACCUUCUGUCGAAACUUUGGGUUCUGUAAAUGUUGUUUGCGUAGAUAAAACUGGUACAUUGACUGAAAAUGUUAUGACUGUCACAAAGAUAUUUACAUUAGAUGAAGAAACUAUUUUCGAUUUGGAACAUGGUUUGCCUCCUAAAACAACUGUUGCAAUGCGAGAAGUUCUCAAAAUUGGAGGACUUUGUAACAAUGCAAAGAUUGAUGAUGAAGGAAAAAAAUUUGGGCAGGCUACUGAUGUUGCAUUACUUGAUUGUCUUAUAAAAAUGAAUCUGGAAGAUGAAAUCAUGGGAUACGAUCGAGUUUCAGAAAUUCCAUUUAAUUCUGAACAAAAGUGGAUGUCUGUAAUUUGUCGAAAAAAAAAUGAUAAUUCAUCGUCAGAGAUUAUGUAUUUAAAAGGUUCAAUAGAAGUUGUAUUAGGAAAAUGUGCAUCAUAUUAUGUUUCAGAAACACAUAAACCACCAUUGGACGUUCCAGCGAAAGAGUCGGUGAUGCGACAUGUUACUGCAAUGUCUUCUCUUGGUCUUCGAGUCCUUGCUAUGGCAUCUGGGUCUGAUCACAACAAACUUACUUUUGUAGGAUGUGUUGCAAUGUAUGAUCCUCCAAGAAAAGGAGUUGAGAAGGCUAUAAAGCAGUUAAUUGGUGGUGGUGUCAAAGUAGUCAUGAUAACAGGAGAUUCCGAUCAAACAGCCCUUUCAAUUGCACGAAAGCUAGGCAUACCGGUAAAUCCAGCAAAUCAUUCUAAUUGUCUAACUGGUGCAGAUAUUGAAGCUAUGUCAAGUGAAGAUUUAAAGGCGGUUAUUGGCUCAAUAACUGUUUUUGCAAGAACUGCACCCAAACAUAAAAUGGCUAUAAUACAAGCCUUUCAAUCAAAUGGUUCAAUUGUAGCAAUGACAGGAGACGGUGUAAAUGAUGCACCUGCAUUGAAAAUUGCCGAUAUUGGUAUAUCUAUGGGUAAAAGUGGAUCUGAUGUCUCCCGAGAAGCAGCCGAUAUUAUUUUAGUUAAUGAUGAAUUUGUAACUAUAUUGGAUGCUGUAAAAGAAGGAAAAUCUAUAUUUUAUAAUAUCAGAAACUUUUUAACCUUUCAAUUAAGUACAAGUAUAGCGGCAUUAACGUUGAUUACUAUGUCUACUGUAUCUGGAUUACCAAAUCCUUUAAAUGCAAUGCAAAUUUUAUGGAUAAUAGAUGAAAGUGUAAUGAGACAACCUCCACGAAAGAAGAAUGCACCAAUACUUACACCAGCACUUAUAAUGCGUGUACUCACUUGCUCUGCGAUUAUCGUUGCUGGUACCUUAUUUACCUAUAUUACUGAAAUGCGGGACGGUAUUGUUACAGCAAGAGACACAACAAUGACAUUCACGUGCUUUGUAUUCUUUGAUAUGUUUAAUGCUUUAAGUUGUCGUUCAGAAAAGAAAUCUAUUUUUAAAUUAGGAAUAUUUUCGAAUAAAAUGUUUAAUUUAGCAGUAGCAUUUUCACUUCUUGGACAAUUAUUAGUAAUUUAUUUACCAUUUUUCCAAGCUGUUUUUCAAACUGAACCAUUAGGACUUGAUGAUAUUUUUGGACUUUUGGUUAUAACAUCAUCAGUAUUUUGGAUUGAUGAAUUUCGUAAGCAUUAUCAUAAUCAAAAGCCAGACGAAGAAUAUGGGACGGUUAUGGCUAUGGAGAUG